UCCUUUCAGUUCCGGAGAGACAGAAACUAGUGUCGUUUGUGGGAUCAUGGCUGCGAUUUUCUGCUGCUGUUUGAGAUGCUGUGGAGACGGGGGAUCGGGCCAUAUUCCGCUGAAAGAGAUGCCCGCCGUCCAGCUAGACACACAGCGCAUGGGCACGGAUGUCGUGAUCGUGAAAAGUGGCAGAAGAAUAUGUGGCACAGGGGCGUGUCUAGCCAAUGCCCCCCUGCAUCAGAACAAGAGCUACUUUGAGUUCAAAAUCCAGUCCACAGGGGUGUGGGGGAUCGGGGUGGCCACGCAGAAGGCCAACCUGAACCAGAUUCCUCUGGGGCGCGACGUGCACAGCCUGGUCCUGAGGCACGACGGGUCGGUGUACCACAACAACGAGGAGAAGAACCGGCUGCCUGCCAACAGCAUCCCGCAGGAGGGAGACAUCGUUGGUGUCACGUAUGACCACGUUGAACUAAACUUAUAUUUGAAUGGAAAGAACAUGCAUUGUCCAGCAUCAGGGAUCCGUGGGACAGUGUUUCCAGUUGUAUAUGUGGAUGACAGUGCCAUACUGGAUUGCCAGUUCAGCGACUUCUACCACACGCCACCCCAAGGGUUUGAGAAGAUCCUGUUCGAGCAGCAGAUCUUCUAAAAAAAAAAACACUGCCUCUCGUGAACGCACCUGCACUCUUCCAAAGCUCUCUGUCUGUGUGUUUCUCUGAAGCUCUGUGACUUGUAUCAUUGUCCGGUUUGUAUGGAGUUCUCCUGUGAAAGCUUUAUGUUCCAGCCUUGUUCUUCCCAGUGCGCAGUCUGGAGAUCAACUGGAAGACCCUAGGUGUUAAAGUACUCCAACGUCUCAGUGUGGACCAGGCUUUGUUGCUAUAUUUAAAAGAAAGAAAAAUGCACUGAUAGUGUCGGCCCUGCUCUUCAAGUCCCGUGUAAAAAGCAGUGCAGAUUUCUAGUAGUAGCAGUGAAAAACACUAGGUUUAUAUUGUCAGCAGUCUUGACUGAGCCCCUUUGAUGUAGGAAUGAAACUUUCUCUCUUGCACCAUGUUGGGAAUAAUUUCUGCACAUUGGUUACUGAAUUCAGCUGUAUAAGAUGGUAUCGUGUCACUAGUAACUGUUGAAGCCAUAGUUAUGAAGCCUGUGAUACAGUACUGUCUAUUGGUGUUGAAAUUAUUUUGCUUUUUGUUGUAAUCUACAUUCUACAUGUCCACAUUGCCUCACUUCUUGAGGUGUUUAACUUGAAUUUGACAUCAUUAAUGAAACAUUUCUAGUUCCACAUAUUGGGAGAUGGUACACAAAUGCAGUAUACUGAUAAUGAGUUGUCGUUUCACCGAUUAGCUCACUGCAUAAAGUGGUCUGAUGAAUAUAAAAUGUAUGUUGUAAAACGCUAUAGAACUUUUCACUGUUGAUUUUCCUUUUACAUAAACCCCCCAAUAUCUCUUUUUUUCUCCCCCUCUCAAACCUUGUUUUGUGACGGAAAAAAUAAAAUCCAAAAUGAAUCCUGGACGCCGACAACUUCGCUAAAAUAGGUCUCAUUAGUUUUGGCUGCCGAAAUUCAGGGAGGUCUUUUUCAAUAAUGAGCACAUUUUAAACCGUUCUUUUUCCCCCAUUAUGGAGACAAUUUUUUCCUUUUUUGUUGCUGACAUCCGUUUUAAAUGUUUCAAAACAAUGUUUUGUUUGCACUAAUGAAACUUGAUGUGUUGAGUAUUAAAAAUCCAAAUGGGUUUUGUUGUAAGUCUACACUAAAAUAAAAAAUUUGCACCUGGA